GUCUUACAAUCGAUACAAAAUCUCAUCAGAUCAUUGUAAAGUUAGGUGAACCAAUUAAUUUAGUCUGUAAGGCUACAUCAUACCGUGGUGGCUUAGUAACACAUGAAUGGAUUACCCCACAAAAAGAAUAUGCAAGUCAACCAAGUAUUACUCGGAAGUAUUUGGAGAAAUCUGAUCAGUAUGAGAAAGGAAAUAUGACAACAUAUCGUACAGAAGCAUUACUAGAAAUCAAAUCAGCUAAACCUGAAGAUGCUGGAGAGUAUAUAUGCGUCGCCAAAGGAGUUGGUUCAGAGAUGAAUGAAACAUUUUAUGUCAUAGUUCGGGAUCCAA